ACUGAAGGAAGAGGAAGAGCGACAUCCUGGAUCGUCGUCGACAGCCUUGCGUGACAACACCAGGAUAGCCUUCAAGCUUUGGGAAUCGCCUUUUCUCGACAAUAUAUUGUUUUAUAAGGGGAAAGUAAAUACCUUACUACAUUGUAUGGUUCGUAAUUGUGGUGGGUUAUUUUCUGAUUCCCGACGUGGAUAAAGUCACGGAAACAUGCUAAUGGAGAUUUGCUGAGCAAAAUGGCUGGGCGCAGUGAAAUGUGAAACAUUAUAAGGUUAUCCUCAUACACGAAACAACUCGCACGCAACGAGAUCAAGCAAGUGAUUGCUACCUGCGUUUUGAACCUCACCUUCAUCUCAGCAUUGUAGUGAGUUGAGGAAUGUUUUAUCUCUUUUGCAACUGCGUUUUGUCAAGAUAUUCGGUAUUUUUCAAGGGUUUUCUGCAUGACUGAUUCGGACACUUUUGUUGUUUACUGGCAGUGAUUUUCGACGUUGAACCUCCGUCAACAGUCAAAUUAACAGCCCAGAGUUUGUAUACUAUUCCUGGGUGGCCUCUGCUGUCGUGUUUACUUGUCUUGAUUGGAUGUGGCAUUCUACGUAAUCUGUUCAGAUAAUCAUCGAGAUAUUCUGUCUUUACCGUAGUUGGGUCAAAACUUGACACGGUUGGAGUUUUAUGGACACAAUAACGUGGUUAACGUCAUAUUACAAGGAACAAAGUUUACUGUUACGGAUUAAAUCAGUAUCACGAAUCGACCAGAACCAUGUCAGAAUUACUGAAAUACAUUGAUUAUGACCACAAAAACACCUUCCUGAAGAUGCUCAAUCAGCAACGAAUGGAGGGAGACCACUGUGAUGUUAUAGUGGUUGUGGAAAACAUAGAGUUCCGGGCUCACCGCUGUGUUUUGGCAGCUUGUAGUUUAUACUUCAAAAAGCUCUUCAAGAAACAAAGUGAUGAGGACAACUCCAUCGUAGAGCUGGAUUUCAUCCGCUCCGACAUCUUCGAAGAGGUGCUGAACUACAUGUACACUGCCAGGCUGGCUGUCAGGAAGAAGGACAUCAACAUGAUGAUGUCUUCAGGACAGAUUCUGGGCAUCAACUUCCUGGACAACCUCUGCUCCCAGAAACGAGAGCUGACCAGUAUGAAGACCAGGGAGAACCAGGACCCGGGGGCCUCUGUGGACGACCGUGGAGUCAACCGUGUCCAGGACGCCAUCCUCAAAGAGCUGGCCAUGGAGGAGGUGAGGAAGAACAGCUUCUACGACCAAGGUAUGGAGGCCAUGGGUUCAGGGCUCAAAGACAUGGGCCCGCAUGGUGCUCAGCCCCACAACUACAGUACCAACAUGGUCAAAGACCCCCAUGGUCACGGCUGGACCUCCUCCUCAUCCUCCUCCAGCGACAUGAAGCUGGAGUACCUGCUCUAUGGCCAUCGUGAGCACGGGGCGUGCCAGUCUGGUGGCAAGCCUGUCCCCGUGGACAACAUACGGAAUAAAGACAAGCUCCAGUCUGCCCAGAGGCCCUUUGCCUGCGAGCAUUGCCCAAAAGCCUUCACCACCCAGGCCCAUCUUAAGGAGCACCUGAAAAUCCACACAGGCUUCAAGCCACACCGCUGCCUGGUCUGUGGCAAGGCUUUCAUAAGAGGGCCCGACCUCAAGAGGCAUGAGAGGGUCCAUAGCAACGAGAGGCCCUUCGCCUGUCAGAUGUGUGAAAAGGCCUUCAAGCACAAGUCCCACCUGAAGGACCACGAGAGGCAGCACCGAGGCGAGAGGCCCUUCAACUGCGGCUCGUGCGACAAGGCCUUCAUCAAAGCGUCCGACCUGAAGCGCCACUGGAACACCAUGCACAGCCAGCGCACACGACAGAUGUCGCCCGCCGCUGCUCAGCAAGGAGACUCCUCUGACCAGAGGGACUGGAAGCUAGAGACUGGGCCGCAUUCCUGAGUCGUCUGACUGGACCACAGACACACCCACAUACACAUAUGUGCACACAGACACACACACGUACACGGUCCUGUGAUAUUGGUCAUUAGCCUAUCACAUGGACAAGGAUGAGUGAUGGCAAGAGGUGGACCUGAGGUCACAUGGCAGGACUGAAUUGAAAGAAAUUGUCUAACGAUUGUUCUUUUCCCACUUGUAAAAUCAUGUAAAUGUUUUAGUUCACUCUACUAUAAGAAUAUUUUCCACACAAAAAAAACAUCUUUGCUAUUUAGACUUGGGUCUUCAUAACUUUAUUUCUCUUUACUUUAUGGAAUAUGUAACAUUUAAAUGUUUUGUUUAACCUAACUGGAUUCUAAGAAAAAAUGAUUUUUUUCUGCAUAACAUUUGUUGCGUUGAAUAUAUUCAUGUUGGUGUUUUAAUGGAUGUUUAGUUGUAUUGAUUGAUAUUACACUGUAAGAGUAAGUCACCGUUCUGCAUUUGACACAGAUUAUACCAAAGUCUUGGGACUUUGAUUGACUGCCCGAGGGGCUUUGUUACCCAAGCAUAAGUCCAACUAGAUUUACUGUUAUACAGUAUAACUGUCAUCAAACUAUCAUCGGUAAUAAAAGAUGUCUGUAUAUACAGUAGCUUAGUUUGUUGCACAGUAAAAUUAUUAGAACACAAUUAUGAGAGAUGCAUCUAUAACAUUGUUCUCCUACACUUUGACAAUAAACUCCAUUUGAUGAGUGGA